UGACCAGCCUGGGAAGCCGACAGCMUCGGAUCAACAAACAGGCUGCUAAGCAGCGUUAGCUAGCGUCCCUAUCUUACGGCUGAUAAUUGGCCCGCAGCUGGCUGCUCGUCCCUUUAACUUUUGAAAAACAACUUCAACAACAACCCCAGUUUUGUGAACGCAUUUGGACCGACCUGCUUUUCACGGACAGCUUUUGACAAGUUAAAGUUAUGGCGUGCGGAGCUACCCUGAAGAGGACCAUGGAUUUUGAUCCGCUCAUGAGUCCCGCGUCUCCCAAAAGACGGAGAUGCAUUCCUGUGGCCCCAUCGACUUCAUCCCCGAGGAAAUACCUGAGCAUGGAGCCCUCGCCAUUUGGACAGUCGGCGUCGAGACUUAGCGCAGAACAAAUCCUCAGCAGCAUCAAACAAGAGUACAAACGCAUUCAGAAYAGGAAGCAUCUAGAUGGAGGCUACCAGCAACCAGAGGUCUGCUAUUCUCCAGAAUCCCCAUCCCAGCUGUGUAUGAAUGUUUCCAGCAUGCCAGGGACGUCCUCGGGAGGUGUUUCUCCAACCAGAAAAGAACAACCGCUGUUCACGCUCAGGCAAGUUGGAAUGAUCUGUGAACGCCUGCUGAAAGAAAGAGAAGAAAAGGUGCGGGAGGAGUAUGAGGAGACCAUGACUUCAAAGUUGGCAGAACAAUACGACACCUUUGUGAAGUUCACACACGACCAGUUAAUGCGACGAUUCGGCGAGCAGCCUGCAAGCUAUGUUUCCUGAGUGCAGCACCAAAGCUUUGCAAGAAGGCCUUCUCUUGUUGCGAGCCGAGCUGCCCACCGCCACCCUCCCUCCGAUAUCCUGAAGAAAAGUUCCUCGUUUUAAGAGAUUUGAUUUUAGCCAGUUCAAAUUAAACUUUUCUUACCGUGCCAUAUAUCUCGUCUUUGGGCAAAAGGUUUGUAUGAAGCCGUUGCUGGCACUCUGUUGUAAGCAGCUAAGUGCUUCCUGAUAUAAAUGAAURGACCCGUCUCUACCAGUGGCCUCUGUUCCUCCAGCUUAUCUCACUUUUGUAACAGUUCCCAGCAUUCCAGGCUCCGUCACUUCUGUUUUUGUUACGUGUAAAUAUGGGAAAAGCCGUGGAGUUUUUACAAGAUUUGCUGGUCAGUCUGAAAGAAAACGAAAGGAGUUCAAGUUUGCAGCGCGUCUCCCAUUUAUUGCUUUCUAAGCACUACUUUGUUUUUAAUAGUGUUUUUUUUUCUCUCUGCUG